AACGACGUUUUUCAUCAGGCAGUGAAUCCCAAGCAGGCAUUUAGCUGCCUAAUAACAUCCAUACCUAGGCUACUAGGCCAGCAGGCAACAACUAAUUCUCCAUGCUAUGUGUUGUGUGCUUGGGCAUGGCGUCGUAAGUGAUUGCGAAUACCAACACAACCUGAAGGCCCUGAGAUAUUAACUAAAUACCUCUGAAUGGUAGUGAACUAAGGUGGAAUAACAGAAAUUGGAGCGCUGCACUGCCAUCUCGAAUGGCGGACAUUACAUCACCGCUUAGCAGGCCACUGGGUACCUAUGGCUGACUCUUGGCAGGGAAGCUCCCCGCAGUGACGUGGCAUCAAAGUACUUCAGUUUAUCGCAUAAGUAUAACUAUCGCCGAAGGGCCCCCUGUAAAUACAUCAGUUACGAUCAGUCAAUACUUGAUCGACACCAUCAUCCAGGUACCUCCUUCAUUUAGACUGGGAUCUCCCCCACUCACUCAACCUAUGCCGCCUGAAGACUGUCUCUCUCCUUUCAGGCGCCCAAUUCUCGCAUCAUCUUCUUCCUCAACCCAUAAGAGAGCGUACGAAUACCGUCCUGCGCUCGAGAACUACCUAAUCUCUCUGGAGGUUUCGGAUUCUCAAUACCAUACCUCACCCUCGCCGGCUCAGCUGUCCAACUGCAUAGGUGCCCUCCUGGAGCACCCCGCCCUCCCCGGCCAUGAACGUUUUGAAACUUCAGAGGUCGGUCGCACCGGAACUCGCGGGCUUCGUCGCGAAACUGACUAUGUUUCAAUAGGAAGUUUCCUCAAUUCCAACAGAACGAAAUCUUCAGCUUGUCCGAUGCCUUUCAGCGGCUUGAUGUCGACGAUAGAGGAUACCUUGACGAAGCUACCGCUAUCAAGGCAACCCAGCAGAGCGAAAAUCAGCCCUACGAUGUUGUGCGCCAGGCGUUGAAGGAAGUCGAGCUUGACUCUUCGCGACGCGUUGAGCUCGAGGAUUAUGUUAGCGUACGUUCAGAAUGCUCGCAUUUUCCCUUCUACACGUACUAAUCCAUACCGCGCCAGCUCGUUGCCAAACUUCGCGAUUCAUCGCCCGCUCAGAAACGCAUGUCCACGGGACCAACUCCUCCCUCUGCAGGUGGUGGUGUUGUCGCGCAACGUACUGGCGGUCAUGCUUCCAAGGGUAGCGUGGGCGGAAAGAUCCAGGUCCAGGGCUCUAAUGCCAACAUCACUCACACCAUUAAUGAGGAUGAACGCACCGAAUUUACCCGUCACAUCAAUGCCGUGCUGGCUGGCGAUGCUGAUAUUGAUAGUCGCCUCCCCUUCCCUACCGACACUUUCGAAAUGUUCGACGAGUGCAAGGAUGGCUUGGUUUUAGCCAAGCUCAUCAACGACAGCGUUCCCGAUACAAUUGAUGAGCGUGUUCUUAACAUACCCGGCCGGAAGAUCAAGAACCUCAAUGCUUUCCACAUGAGUGAGAACAACAACAUUGUCAUCGAGUCUGCCAAAGGCAUCGGCUGUUCUGUUGUUAACAUUGGUGCUGGUGAUAUCAUUGAGGUUCGAGAACAUCUUAUUUUAGGUCUCAUCUGGCAGAUCAUUCGACGAGGAUUGCUAGGAAAGAUCGAUAUCAAGCUCCAUCCUGAGCUUUAUAGACUGCUUGAUGAGGACGAGACACUUGAGCAGUUUCUCCGCUUGCCCCCUGAGCAAAUUCUCCUCCGAUGGUUCAAUUACCAUCUGAAAGCUGCUAACUGGCCCCGCACCGUCAAGAACUUCUCCUCUGAUGUUAAGGAUGGUGAAAAUUAUUCGGUUCUGUUGGCGCAAAUUGGUCCCGAGUAUGGCGUUACCCGUGCGCCUUUACAAAAGCAGGACCUACAUGAGCGAGCUGAGGCAGUUCUACAAGAAGCAGACAAGCUGGGAUGCCGCAAAUUCUUGACACCAAAGUCACUCGUUGCCGGUAAUCCCAAGCUUAACCUAGCAUUCAUCGCCAAUUUAUUCAAUAACCAUCCCGCCCUUGACCCCAUCACGGAGGAAGAGAAACUCGAGGUUGAAGAUUUCGAUGCGGAGGGCGAACGCGAGGCUCGAGUCUUUACACUGUGGCUGAACAGCCUGGAUGUCCAACCUGCAGUUGUCUCGUUCUUUGAUGACCUUAGGGAUGGCAGUAUCCUCCUUCAGGCUUACGAGAAGGUCAUCCCGGGCUCUGUCAACCCCCGUCACGUCAACAAGAGACCAGCGCAUGGAGGUGAGAUGUCGAGAUUCAAGGCCGUCGAAAACACCAAUUACGCGAUUGAGCUUGGAAAGCAAAACGGGUUUUCGCUAGUUGGCAUCCAAGGCGCUGACAUUACUGAUGGACAAAGGACCUUGACUCUGGGCCUUGUGUGGCAACUCAUGCGCAAGGACAUCACCGUCACUCUAUCUUCACUGGCUCAGAAGCUUGGUAAGCGAGAAAUCACCGACUCUGAGAUGGUGCGAUGGGCAAACGAUAUGUCGCGAAAGGGCGGCAGGAAUUCUUCCAUCCGCUCUUUCAAGGAUCCUUCAAUCGGAUCUGGCAUCUUCCUCCUGGAUGUUCUGAAUGGAAUGAAGAGCAGCUAUGUUGAUUACGAUCUUGUUACAUCUGGACAGACUGACGAGGACGCUUACUUGAACGCCAAGUUGAGUAUCAGCAUUGCUCGAAAGCUCGGUGCGACCAUUUGGCUAGUUCCCGAAGAUAUCUGCCAAGUCCGCAGCCGCCUCAUCACCACCUUCAUUGGUUCUCUUAUGGCUACGCACGAAAGGAUGUAGAUCUAGUUUGGGACUUGUUUGGCGAUGGCGCGAUUGGGGACGUGGUUAUUCGUAUGCAAGAAUAUUCGAUAUGUUAUAAAAGCUUUGGUUCAACAACCAUCAUAUUGCCAACACAGUGCCAUUCGUCAUUUCGAUAGAUGUGAUCAUUCUCUAUAUUAUUGCUAUUUUAGGUGACGAGGAUCUUAUUCAGGAAUAAAGAUCAACGUGACAUUUCUAAUUAUCGCCGGCUGAAGUACUCUCUCACAGGAUCAAAUACAAGCUACACAACAGACUUGGUCCAGUGAAAAUGCCCAGCCAAAAGAUCAAGUUGCCUAGUGUCUUGCGCCC